AAAUAGAAUUUUUCAGUAAUAAAAUAAUAAAUUUUACUCUAACCGUGUACAACAGCACACGUUCGAAAUAAAUAUUACACUUUUCGAUAAUUUUUUUUAUAUAUUUAGAAACAAAUAAAAUUAUUUUAGUAUACAUAUAUAAAAUUUAAAGUACAAGAUGCUUUUGAAGAACUUCAUGAUUGGAAUAAUAUUAGCUGUAUGCCUUAUCGAAUGUUGUAAAGCAAUACAGUGCUACAAAUGUCAAUCAGAUCAAAAUCCAUUGUGCGGUGAAGAUAAUUUUUCAAAGGGUAAAAAUCCAAAAAUGAUUGAUUGCUUAAAGCAAGCUCCACCAUCAUCAUUGGGUUCAAAUGCUAAAGCCCCAACAAAGUGUAGCAAAAUCGUUUUCAAAGACAAUAUUGGCACUAUCGUAAAACGCGAUUGUCAUUGGGAACGUAUUGGUGACUCGUCCACAACAUGUUUAGGUCAUGAAAACAUGAGAAUUGAAAAAUGCGAAACAUGUACAGGUGACUUAUGUAAUUCAGCGUCUCAACCAUUUAUUAUGAUUGGCUUACCAACAACUUUACUAUUAGCUGCAGCUAAAAUACUUUUGCAUUAAUUAAUACUUACAAAAAAUUAUUUGUAUUUAAUCUUAAAAAGUCUAAGUAUCCCGUGGGACUGUUUACAUAUUACAUAACGGUUCAAUAGAUAGGCGAUUCAACAAUGCUAUUAUAAAAUUCAUAAUGUCAGUAUUCAAAUAUAUUUAUCGCAUGUGGCAAGGAACUGGGGUUAACACAUUGUACACUCUUAUUAUGUAAUAUAUGAAAAGUCCUACAUAAAUAAAAAAACCUACUAUAAUAAUGUAAUUGGAAAAUCAUUACAAAUAUUAAAAAAAAAUUGAAAUUAAAAAAAAUUGAAUUAAUAUAAAUAUGUAUGUACAUAUGCAUAUUAACUUUUGUAAAAGAAUAAUAAUUUAAAUAUGUAUGUAGGUAUGUAUGUAUAGUGAAAAAAUUGUCUGUUUCAUAAAUUUAUUUUAUUUUAUGAACUAACUUACAUAUGUAUGUAUAUUUUUUAUGUUUUUAAAAUCUUCCAUAUGUACAUAAAUAAUUUUCUAAUUUUUACAAUAUUAUUACUUUUCAGUAUUGUUCGUUCAGAAAAAUAUUAAAAAUUUAAUUAAUAUUUGAUUUGAAAAUAAAAUACUACUACAUUUUAAACUCUAUACAUGUAUAGAAAAAAUUAAAAUAUGGAAAAGUGCCAAAAUAAAUAAUAUUGCAAAAGAUUUGUAAUAACUAAUAGCAAACUGAAAAUAAUAAUAUGAUGUAAUUUUUGAUACAGUGUUAUAUUAAUUAGAAGUUUUGGAAAUUUUUAAUAAGUAUAUAUGCAUUUGUUUUCUUUUUUUGUUAUUUAUUUUUUCUUUUUAAUAAAAUAUUGGUUGUACUUAAAAUUUAUCAGUACCUAAUCAGAAAUUAUUUAAAAUGAAAUUUUAACAUUGUGUCCAGAUAGUUCGUCGGUUACAGUAAUAUUUUUUGUAAUGUCAUGCUGUCUAAUACUUAGUAUCAGCUAUUUGGGACAAGGUGCAAUUUCUCCAUUCUCCCAUCAAAAAUUUUAAAAAAUUUCGUCUUUGCUCUAUUUUCCAUUUUGAAAAAUUGCAUAUACCGAGAAAAGAAAUUUCUGAAAGUGCAUUUUACAUUAUAAGGUCACAUUUACUUAACUCUUGUACAUUUCUACAACAGUUAAGUAAAUUGGCAUGGUGCAUAGGUACACGAAUUUAAUUAACAAUUACUCUUGCAUUGAGUAAAAACCCAUCGGAACUAACUUUCAAUAACAUCCUUAAAUUUUUAAUUUUCAGUCAUUUAUAUUCAUGCAUUCACAUUUAAUAAUCAUUUUCUAUUUGAAAUGGUAGUUUUUAUUGAAAUGAUUCCUAUAAUGAAUUGGUUUUAUAGCAUGUUGGACCUAAUUUAAGUUUGAAAAUUUUUUGGCAGAUAUGCAAACAUAAAUCACAUGCUACCUGGAACGAAGAAAAAUAAACUGUGUAAAGCCAAAAACUCAUAAUUGAAAUGUAAUUAAAUAGAAUAUAAUCAAAAAAACUUGUCAUUUCUAAAACUUAUCUUUGUGCACAACACAUUAUUAUUAAAACAAAAAUCAUUUUUAACAUUUAUAUUUCAAUUAUGUAUUUAAGAGUAUGAUUUUCAUAAAAAACAAUAUUCGAAAUAACAAACUUUGAAUAUUUUUUAAAUUGCGGACAUUCAAAAUGUAAGCUAUAACUUCAUAAUUACGUAGGAAAAAAAUGUUAUAAUUUUAAUUUGAACAAUAUUAGUAAUUCUUUUGUAUUCUUUACCAAAAAAUAAAAAAAAUAAAU